CUAUACAAAAGGCCAAAUCAAGGAUCAUUCAGAUCAAAAGAACAAGAAUUAUUCGGGAGAUUCCAUUAGCUGAAAGCAAUCGCAAAAUUCUAUUUCGCUCUCUUAAUGGCUUCCCUACCUUGAAAAAUUUCAACCGGCCAAGGAGGCCUGGGAACCACAAGCAUCGACGUCGUUUUCAAUGCACUGCGUAUCAACGACAUCGUUUACUUGAAACAUGGCAACCUGCUUAAAGCUCCACAAGCUUCUCUAUCCCCCUAAAAUAUCAGUAACUUCUCCAUUUUCUGAGAAUUGCUCAUGCUCUUCACACCGCUGUAUUAAGGAGGGAAGGGAAAUAAAAUUCUCACUUCUGAAAAAUGGAUUUGAUUUCACCUUGGAAUAUGAGAGUCUCUGUAAUCUCAGUUCCACCAAACAAGAGCUUCUCUUACGGCUACCGGUCUUCUCUUUCAAACCACAACUUCGCGUUUUCAUUUUGGAUACAGCCGUUUCAUUUAAGUCCAAUAAAGUCUAGCACACUUCAUGCCAAGAAGAGAAACUCGCAGCCUGAGCCAGUUCUCAAACCAACCAUAAUUGAAGAAGCAUUAACGGACAAUGAAGAAGAAGAAGAAGAACAGCUUGUCUUUGAUGACCUUGAAGAUGAGGCAUUGAUGGAUGGUGAUGAUGAAUAUUUGGAGGAUGAGUACGUGGAGAAUGAAGCAGAUCUCUAUGCUGGAGAUGGGGGUGGGGGAGGUGGAAUUGCCCUUGCUGGGACAUGGUGGGACAAAGAAGCAUUGAGAAUAGCUGAAGAAGUUUGCCAAUCCUUUGAUGGCGAGUUGAAAAUAUAUGCCUUUAAGACAUUGUCAAAUUCUACCAUUCAAGUGCGCAUCGAGAGGCUUACAAAUAAGUCUGGUUCCCCUAGUAUGGAAGAUAUUGAAGCGUUUUCCACAACCUAUAGAGCUUGGUUGGAUGAAGCUGAGCUUGCUAAGACUAUGCCAAACAAUAUAUCUUUGGAGGUAUCAUCUCCAGGUGUUGAAAGGGUGGUCCGAAUUCCAGAAGAGCUAGAUCGGUUCAAGGAUCGGCCUAUGUAUGUGAAAUAUGUCAGUAAGAUAGUUGUGUCAGAUUCAUUCUCGGAAAGUGAUGGCAUUUUUAGGCUUAUUUCCUUUGACAUGGAAACAAAAUGUUGCACUUGGGGCUUGGCAGAUGUGAGGAUAAAUAGAGAAAAAGCAGGGAAAGGAAGACCUCUUAGCAAAAAACAAAGGGAGUGGCGCUUGAACACACCCUUUGAUUCCUUGCGCUUAGUCCGUCUGUAUUCUGAAAUUUGAGCAUACGAACAUUUUUUUUGUUCAUCCUGAGAUCAUGCUUACCUGUAGAAAACUUCAGCAAUACUUAUUGAUGCAUCAUAGUAAGCUCAUGUCAAAAUAUUUAGUGUAGUUUGCAGCUGGCCAUGUCUGGCACACCAAUCUUUCUUCCAAAUAAUGAGGUGUACCAGUUUUAUUUUGCUGUACAUAUCUGAAUAAAACUUGACUUUUUGUUUCAAAUAAAAUUGAUUGUUCACUCAAA